UUUGGCAGCCAAGAAGUUCACACUACAACUUCUCCCCUUUUCCUCCGCACUUUCGUUUCCUUUUUUACGAUGCAACAACAACCCCCAUUUUGUCCAAAACUAUUGAAUUAAGUCUUUCUCCUUCUCUCUCUCUCUUUGGAAACUUUCACAAGAUUGUGAGAAGGAAGAACCUAUCUGUUAUUUUCUUCCUAUAAAUACCACUCUCACUUAACAUUUGAGCAAACCAACACUAACGUUUCCCCCUCAACAAUCAUAUUGAAGGCACUCUUAUUCCUUAUAUCUUUCCAUCUUCUUAACCACUUGUGUGUCAUGGCAACCCCGUCCUUAGUGUUCGCCGUUCAUAGGCAGGAACCGGAACUGAUCGCUCCAGCUAAGCCUACCCCUCACGAGUACAAACUAUUAUCCGACAUUGAUGAUCAAGAAGGUCUCCGGUUCCAAAUUCCAGUGAUCCAAUUUUAUCAAUACAACCCUUCCAUGCAAGGGAAGGACCCUGCUAGGGUGAUUAGGGAGGCACUUGCACAAACCCUUGUGUUCUAUUAUCCAUUUGCUGGUAGGCUGAGGGAAGGGCCUCAGCGCAAGCUUAUGGUGGAUUGCACUGGUGAAGGGGUGAUGUUUAUUGAGGCUGAUGCUGAUGUUACGCUUGAGCAAUUUGGUGAUGCACUUCAGCCACCUUUUCCUUGCUUGGAGGACCUCCUUCAUGAUGUUCCAGGCUCCGCUGGGGUGCUGAAUUGCCCAUUAUUGCUUAUUCAGGUAACACGAUUGAGAUGUGGUGGAUUCAUCUUCGCCGUCCGCCUCAACCACACCAUGAGUGACGCAGCUGGCCUAACCCAAUUCAUGUCAGCUGUAGGGGAGAUGGCUCGCGGCUGGCUUGCCCCAUCAAUCCCGCCGGUAUGGGAAAGACACCUCUUAGGGACAAGAGAUCCACCAAGAGUCACAUGUAAACAUUGGGAGUACGAAGAAGUAGAAGGCACAAUUGUUCCCUUCGACGAAAUGGCUCAUCGUUCCUUUUUCUUUGGCCCCGCGGAACUCUCAGCACUUCGUAAACUUGUUCCCCUACACCUUCGUAAGUGUUCUAGGUUCGAACUCUUAACCGCUUGCUUAUGGCGUUGCCGAACCAUUGCCAUUCAAGCUAAUCUCGAAGAAGAGGUUCGUAUUAUCUGUAUCGUGAACGCCCGCUCCAAGUUUAAUCCUCCAUUGCCUUCAGGAUAUUACGGGAACGCAUUCGCGUUCCCUGUGGCGGUAGCAAAAGCAGGGAAACUCCGUCAAAACCCAUUAGGUUAUGCCUUAGAACUUGUGAAACAAGCUAAAGCUGAUGUAACAGAAGAGUACAUGAAAUCGCUAGCGGAUUUGAUGGUGAUAAAGGGGCGACCCCAUUUUACAGUGGUUCGGUCUUACCUUGUCUCUGAUGUGACACGUGCCGGGUUCGGAGAUGUGGAUUUCGGGUGGGGUAAGGCAGUGUAUGGUGGUCCGGCUAAGGGAGGGGUGGGGGCUAUUCCUGGGGUCGCAAGCUUCUUGAUACCAUCUAAAAACAAGAAAGGAGAGGAUGGAAUUGUGUUGCCAAUUACCUUGCCACCCCCGGCAAUGGAAAUAUUUGUGAAAGAGCUUGAUGGCAUGCUCAAAGAGAAGCCAACUGGGAUUGAGAGUCAAUCAGUUUUUAUUUCAUCUUCUCUGUAAUAAGUAAACUGGUAUACAACAGAAGAGUAGUGGGACUAAUGUUUGUUUGGGUUGGAAAAUAAGUUCUCCAGUUGAGUGCAAAUAUUUAUUCUUAGAUCUUUCAAAUUUAUUUGAUAUCGAUGGGCUUAUAAAAUUUGGGUUUGAAGCCCAGUUAUUUGGAUUG